AUGGGGCCGGUGCGUUCUUCUAAAGCCGUGUCAAACCAUCAGACACGCUCCCAGAUCCACAAAUCAACCACCGGCGUUUGUCUUCACCGCCACAGACACCGCCACAGACACCGCCACAGACACCGCCACAGACACCGCCACAGACACCGCUACAAACACCGCCACAGACACCGCCACAGACACCGCCACAAACACCGCCACAUCACCGCCACAGACACCGCCACAGACACCGCCAUAGACAUCGCCACAGACACCGCCACAAACAAGGCCACAGACAUUGCCACAGACACCGCCACAAACACCGCCACAGACACCGCCACAGACACCGCCACAGACACCGCCACAAACAUCGCCACAUCACCGCCACAGACACCGCCACAGACACCGCCACAGACACCGCCACAGACACCGCCACAAACAUCGCCACAUCACCGCCACAAACACCGCCACAGACACCGCCACAAACACCGCCACAAACACCGCCACAGACACCGCCACAUCACCGCCACAGACACCGCCACAUCACCGCCACAAACACCGCCACAGACACCGCCACAGACACCGCCACAGACACCGCCACAGACACCGCCACAAACACCGCCACAUCACCGCCACAGACACGCCACAGACACCGCCACAGACAUCGCCACAGACACCGCCACAAACACCGCCACAGACAUUGCCACAGACACCGCCACAAACACCGCCACAGACACGCCACAUCACCGCCACAAACACCGCCACAUCACCGCCACAAACACCGCCACAGACACCGCCACAGACACCGCCACAAACACCGCCAUAGACACCGCCACAGACACCGCCACAAACACCGCCACAAACAUCGCCACAUCACCUCCACAGACACCGCCACAUCACCGCCACACAAACACCGCCACAGACACCGCCACAGACAUCGCCACAAACACCGCCACAAACACCGCCACAAACACCGCCACAGACACCGCCACAGACACCGCCACAGACACCGCCACAGACACCGCCACAAACAUCGCCACAUCACCGCCACAUCACCGCCACAGACACCGCCACAUCACCGCCACAAACACCGCCACAGACACCGCCACAGACAUCGCCACAAACACCGCCACAAACACCGCCACAAACAUCGCCACACCACCGCCACAGACACCGCCACAGACACCGCCACAGACAUCGCCACAGACACCGCCACAAACACCGCCACAGACAUUGCCACAGACACCGCCACAAACACCGCCACAGACACCGCCACAAACACCGCCACAAACAUCGCCACAUCACCGCCACAGACACCGCCACAUCACCGCCACAAACACCGCCACAGACACCGCCACAGACAUCUCCACAAACACCGCCACAAACACCGCCACAAACACCGCCACAGACACCGCCACAGACACCGCCACAGACACCGCCACAGACACCCCCACAGACACCGGCAGAGACACCGCCACAGACACCGCCACAAACACCGCCACAGACACCGCCACAGACACCGCCACAUCACCGCCACAAACACCGCCACAUCACCACCACAAAGACCGCCACAGACACCGCCACAGACACCGCCACAGACACCGCCACAGACACCGCCACAGACACCGCCACAGACACCGCCACAAACACCGCCACAUCACCGCCACAGACACUGCCACAGACACCGCCACAGACAUCGCCACAGACACCGCCACAAACACCGCCACAGACAUCGCCACAGACACCGCCACAAACACCGCCACAGACACCGCCACAGACACCGCCACAAACACCGCCACAAACAUCGCCACAGACACCGCCACAGACACCGCCACAGACACCGCCACAGACACCGCCACAGACACCGCCACAAACACCGCCACAAACAUCGCCACAGACACCGCCACAGACACCGCCACAAACACCGCCACAGACACCGCCACAGACAUCGCCACAAACACCGCCACAAACACCGCCACAAACACCGCCACAGACACCGCCACAGACACCGCCACAGACACCGCCACAAACACCGGCACAAACACCGCCACAGACACCGCCACAGACACCGCCAGAGACACCCCCACAGACACCGCCAGAGACACCGCCACAGACACCGCCACAAACACCGCCACAGACACCGCCACAGACACCGCCACAUCACCGCCACAAACACCGCCACAUCACCGCCACAAACACCGCCACAGACACCGCCACAGACACCGCCACAGACACCGCCACAGACACCGCCACAAACACCGCCACAUCACCGCCACAGACACCGCCACAGACACCGCCACAGACAUCGCCACAGACACCGCCACAAACACCGCCACAGACAUCGCCACAGACACCGCCACAAACACCGCCACAGACACCGCCACAGACACCGCCACAGACACCGCCACAAACACCGCCACAAACAUCGCCACAUCACCGCCACAGACACCGCCACAGACACCGCCACAGACACCGCCACAGACACCGCCACAGACACCGCCACAAACAUCGCCACAUCACCGCCACAAACACCGCCACAGACACCGCCACAGACAUCGCCACAAACACCGCCACAAACACCGCCACAAACACCGCCACAGACACCGCCACAGACACCGCCACAGAUACCGCCACAAACACCGGCACAAACACCGCCACAGACACCGCCACAGACACCGCCACAGACACCCCCACAGACACCGCCACAGACACCGCCACAGACACCGCCACAGACACCGCCAAAAACACCGCCAAAACACCGCCACAAACACCGCCACAGACACCGCCACAGACACCGCCACAGACACCGCCACAAACACCGCCACAGACACCGCCACAAACACCGGCACACACGCACACCGCCACAGACACCGCCACAGACACCGCCACAGACACCCCCACAGACACCGCCAGAGACACCGCCACAGACACCGCCACAAACACCGCCACAGACACCGCCACAGACACCGCCACAAACACCGCCACAUCACCGCCACAAACACCGCCACAGACACCGCCACAGACACCGCCACAGACACCGCCACAAACACCGCCACAUCACCGCCACAGACACCGCCACAGACACCGCCACAGACAUCGCCACAGACACCGCCACAAACACCGCCACAGACAUCGCCACAGACACCGCCACAAACACCGCCACAGACACCGCCACAGACACCGCCACAAACACCGCCACAAACAUCGCCACAUCACUGCCACAGACACCGCCACAGACACCGCCACAGACACCGCCACAAACAUCGCCACAUCACCGCCACAAACACCGCUACAGACACCGCCACAGACAUCGCCACAAACACCGCCACAAACACCGCCACAAACACCGCCACAGACACCGCCACAGAUACCGCCACAAACACCGGCACAAACACCGCCACAGACACCGCCACAGACACCGCCACAAACACCGCCACAAACACCGCCACAAACACCGCCACAGACACCGCCACAGACACCGCCACAGACACCGCCACAGACACCGCCACAAACAUCGCCACAUCACCGCCACAUCACCGCCACAGACACCGCCACAUCACCGCCACAAACACCGCCACAGACACCGCCACAGACAUCGCCACAAACACCGCCACAAACACCGCCACAAACAUCGCCACACCACCGCCACAGACACCGCCACAGACACCGCCACAGACAUCGCCACAGACACCGCCACAAACACCGCCACAGACAUUGCCACAGACACCGCCACAAACACCGCCACAGACACCGCCACAAACACCGCCACAAACAUUGCCACAUCACCGCCACAGACACCGCCACAUCACCGCCACAAACACCGCCACAGACACCGCCACAGACAUCUCCACAAACACCGCCACAAACACCGCCACAAACACCGCCACAGACACCGCCACAGACACCGCCACAGACACCGCCACAGACACCCCCACAGACACCGGCAGAGACACCGCCACAGACACCGCCACAAACACCGCCACAGACACCGCCACAGACACCGCCACAUCACCGCCACAAACACCGCCACAUCACCACCACAAAGACCGCCACAGACACCGCCACAGACACCGCCACAGACACCGCCACAGACACCGCCACAGACACCGCCACAGACACCGCCACAAACACCGCCACAUCACCGCCACAGACACCGCCACAGACACCGCCACAGACAUCGCCACAGACACCGCCACAAACACCGCCACAGACAUCGCCACAGACACCGCCACAAACACCGCCACAGACACCGCCACAGACACCGCCACAAACACCGCCACAAACAUCGCCACAGACACCGCCACAGACACCGCCACAGACACCGCCACAGACACCGCCACAGACACCGCCACAAACACCGCCACAAACAUCGCCACAGACACCGCCACAGACACCGCCACAAACACCGCCACAGACACCGCCACAGACAUCGCCACAAACACCGCCACAAACACCGCCACAAACACCGCCACAGACACCGCCACAGACACCGCCACAAACACCGGCACAAACACCGCCACAGACACCGCCACAGACACCGCCAGAGACACCCCCACAGACACCGCCAGAGACACCGCCACAGACACCGCCACAAACACCGCCACAGACACCGCCACAGACACCGCCACAUCACCGCCACAAACACCGCCACAUCACCGCCACAAACACCGCCACAGACACCGCCACAGACACCGCCACAGACACCGCCACAAACACCGCCACAUCACCGCCACAGACACCGCCACAGACACCGCCACAGACAUCGCCACAGACACCGCCACAAACACCGCCACAGACAUCGCCACAGACACCGCCACAAACACCGCCACAGACACCGCCACAGACACCGCCACAAACACCGCCACAAACAUCGCCACAUCACCGCCACAGACACCGCCACAGACACCGCCACAGACACCGCCACAGACACCGCCACAGACACCGCCACAAACAUCGCCACAUCACCGCCACAAACACCGCCACAGACACCGCCACAGACAUCGCCACAAACACCGCCACAAACACCGCCACAAACACCGCCACAGACACCGCCACAGACACCGCCACAGAUACCGCCACAAACACCGGCACAAACACCGCCACAGACACCGCCACAGACACCGCCACAGACACCGCCACAGACACCCCCACAGACACCGCCACAGACACCGCCACAGACACCGCCACAGACACCGCCAAAAAACACCGCCACAAACACCGCCACAAACACCGCCACAGACACCGCCACAGACACCGCCACAGACACCGCCACAAACACCGCCACAGACACCGCCACAAACACCGGCACAAACACCGCCACAGACACCGCCACAGACACCGCCACAGACACCCCCACAGACACCGCCAGAGACACCGCCACAGACACCGCCACAAACACCGCCACAGACACCGCCACAGACACCGCCACAAACACCGCCACAUCACCGCCACAAACACCGCCACAGACACCGCCACAGACACCGCCACAGACACCGCCACAAACACCGCCACAUCACCGCCACAGACACCGCCACAGACACCGCCACAGACAUCGCCACAGACACCGCCACAAACACCGCCACAGACAUCGCCACAGACACCGCCACAAACACCGCCACAGACACCGCCACAGACACCGCCACAAACACCGCCACAAACAUCGCCACAUCACCGCCACAGACACCGCCACAGACACCGCCACAGACACCGCCACAAACAUCGCCACAUCACCGCCACAAACACCGCUACAGACACCGCCACAGACAUCGCCACAAACACCGCCACAAACACCGCCACAAACACCGCCACAGACACCGCCACAGAUACCGCCACAAACACCGGCACAAACACCGCCACAGACACCGCCACAGACACCGCCACAGACACCGCCACAGACACCCCCACAGACACCGCCACAGACACCGCCACAGACACCGCCACAGACACCGCCAAAAACACCGCCACAAACACCGCCACAAACACCGCCACAGACACCGCCACAGACACCGCCACAGACACCGCCACAAACACCGCCACAGACACCGCCACAGACACCGCCACAGACACCGCCACAGACACCGCCACAGACACACGGAAUGCUUUAGUCCAGGAUUCAAAAUCACUCAUAUAUUCAUAUCUGUGUUGUUUUUAGCAGCGUUGUCAAGAGGGUUUCACAGCUACACGAGCCCCUCCUCCUCCUUCUCCCCCACUCUCUCAGAGGUGGGAGGAGCUCCGAGUGCGGGAGGAGAGAGAGGGAGGGAUGGAGGUAUAGCAGAGGAGACUGUCUCGAAGCAGCAUCAGAGCUCCACGGUCGACCCAGACUCUGCUUCCUCCUCCUCCUCCACCUCCUCCUCAUCAUCGUCGCUUCGAGUACUUGACAACGCUAAAGGUAUUUCUCACAUCUGA